AUGGAUUACGGAAAAAUCCUGGAAAAAUACUUUGAAAAAAUUGAGAUGCUAAAAUUGCACUAUAGAAUCUGCCUCAAGAAGGAGGAUCAAAAAGAAGAGUGUAAAAAACUGAGCUCAGUUACUAUUGAAGUACAGGAACUUCUAGUAAAGUGCAGGAAAUUACUCGAAGAUUUCCCAGCUUUACAGGUUAAGUUUCAGAAUCAAAUGGAGAAAACACAUCGACAGAAAAUGGUGAUGCUGAAAUUGGCUGAAUUGAAAGAAGAGGAGCUGCUUAAGAAGCUACAGCAACAAUCUCAGAAUCUCAAAGAGGUUACUCCUCCAAAUCGUAUCCUGAGAGAGAUCAAUGCAGAUCCAUCAACCUUCCGGAUUAGUCGUCUGGACUUGAGCACCAGGAAGAUACGAUCUUCAGUCAAGAGAUCAAGUUCCUCAAACUGCAAGUCUUUCAGAAAGCUACACUUCCCGGAAUUUAACUUCGACAUCACUCCAGACAUUUUUGGGCGUAUUCCGAAGCACAUGUUUGGACGGAAUAAUAUUGAUGAUGUACAGAACUUUCUGGACACUGUGAUCAUAAAGUGUUUUGUGGACAAGUACAGAAUUCUCUUCUGUAAAAGGGAUUCUAUUUCACUGAGUGAACGCAUUCUAUAUGAUCUGUUCCGGAAGCAAGAGAAGGAGUUUCCGAACAGGCAGUUCAUCACGCAAGAAGAUGUCGUACGCUGUGUUGGCCAGAUGAUUGAUAAACGAACUCACAGCCGAAUUCAGAUACUAAGACAUAUCAAGGUACUCCAGGAGGUGAGGAAGAAGACCACAAUCUACUAUUUGUGGCAAGAUAAGGCUAUUGAAAUCUAAGUAUU